UGAAACACUCUCACUCCUCUCCGUUCAGCAGCAUUCUCUCGUUACCUCGCCUCCUCCACCUGCUGGACUCUGAGCUGAGCAGGAUCACGCUAGACCACACCGUCUCCAGUCACAAUGGAUAUUGCCAUCCAGCACCCUUGGUUCAGACGUGCCAUGGGCUCCGUCUACCCGGCCCGACUCUUUGACCAGUUCUUUGGAGAGGGCAUGUUUGACUACGACUUCUUCCCCUACACCACCUCCACCAUCAGCCCCUAUUACAGACAGUCGCUGUUCCGCAGCUUUCUGGAUUCUUCUAACUCCGGCACCUCUGAGGUGAGGUCUGACAGAGACAAGUACACAGUCUACCUGGACGUCAAGCACUUCUCUCCUGAUGAGCUCAGUGUGAAGGUCACUGAUGACUAUGUGGAGAUCCAGGGCAAGCACGGAGAGAGACAGGACGACCACGGUUACAUCGCUCGUGAGUUUCACCGCCGCUACCGCCUCCCCUCCAGUGUUGACCAAUCAGCAAUCAGCUGCACCUUGUCAACCGACGGUCUGCUGACUCUGAACGGACCAAAGGUCACCGGAGGGAGCGAAUCUGGACGCAGCGAGCGCAGUGUCCCCGUCGUCCGUGACGACAAGCCCAACGCCGCUGCGUCCUCCUAGAGGCCAAGUGGUGGGGGUUGACCAGCCUCAGCCCCCCCACCCUGAAGGCUCUGGGAUGGACAGCUGUGUCCUCCUCCCUUCACUCUCCCCUGUUGAUCCUUCUUACACUGUCAUUAGUAUCAUUGUUCUGAGCCUAACAAAGAAAAGUCUUCAUCCUGCUCAUUGUUGUUGAGCCCUCUGACUCUACUUAUGGUGGGGUUGAUAAUGUCCCAGAUGUUACAUCAGUGGUGCAGCCUCUCUGAACCCUCUCCUCUGGUCUUCAGUAUACCCUGUACUGUAGUCUAGGCCUUGUUCCAUGGAGUCCAUACUAAGGAAAUAAAGCUGUUUCAUUAACAAAAUAAAA